AUGGAUGACAGCUCAUUACCAGCAUCAAUGGAAACAAUUGAAAGCAGCAGCUUACCAGCAAGCAUGGAUGUUACUGCUACUUUAGACAACAGUUUACCAUCAACCAUGGAAGCUGACCAACCCACAAUAAAGGGCCCAAUCAAAGAAUCUGCAACUCCAAAUAAUGAUAUAAUAGUUCUUUUUGAUCUCGAGACAACUGGCUUGGCAUUAGAUUCUGACAUAACUCAGAUAGCAGCAGAGGUGGUUGGACAAAAUAACGUGUGGUCAAAGUAUUUAAUACCAAAUCAAGACAUUGGAUAUGGAGCAACCCAAGUAACAGGCAUACAUGUUGAAGAAACAGAUGGGGCAAGGGUUUUAAUGGUAGGAAAUGAAGAGGUUGAUGCUGCAAGCUAUGAAGAUGGUUUGACUCAGUUUUAUCAUUAUCUCUGUCAACUCUCAAAUGGAAAAGAUCCCAAUUCACGCCUCAUACUUGUAGCUCAUAAUGCAAAACGUUUUGAUGCUCCAAUAUUGGUAAAUGCUUUUAAGAAAAUCAAUGUCUCCUCUUCUGAUUUAUUAGAAAAAGGAAUCUACUUUUCUGAUAGCCUUGAAAUAUUGCGUAAGCUACAAAAAGACCAACACCCAUUGCUAAAUAAUCCUCAAGCAGACAAAGAACGAGGAAAGAAGCUAUCACUUGGGCUAGGUAACUUAUACCGUCAUUUAUUUCAAGAAGAUUUCCCUGCUCAUGAUGCUACUGAAGAUGUGAAGGCAAUGAAGCACCCUCCUUCUCAUGAAGAACAAGACCCUCCUUCUCAUGCAGAACAAGGCCCUCCUUCUCCUGUAGAACAAGUCCCUCCUUCUCAUGCAGAACAAGACCCUCCUUCUCCUGCGGAACAAGACCCUCCUUCUCCUGUAGAACAAGUCCCUCCUUCUCAAGCAGAACAAGACCCUCCUUCUUCUGCGGAACAAGACCCUCCUUCUCCUGUAGAACAAGACCCUCCUUCUCAAGCAGAACAAGUCCCUCCUUCUCAAGCAGAACAAGACCCUCCUUCUCCUGCAGAACAAGACCCUCCUUCUCCUGUAGAACAAGUCCCUCCUUCUCAUGCAGAACAAGACCCUCCUUCUCCUGCGGAACAAGACCCUCCUUCUCAUGCAGAACAAGACCCUCCUUCUCAUGCAGAAAAAGACCCUCCUUCUCCUGUAGAACAAGUCCCUCCUUCUCAAGCAGAACAAGGCCCUCCUUUUUCUGUAGAACAAGUCCCUCCUUCUCAAGCAGAACAAGGCCCUCCUUCUCCUGUAGAACAAGUCCCUCCUUCUCAUGCAGAACAAGACCCUCCUUCUCCUGCGGAACAAGACCCUCCUUCUCCUGUAGAACAAGACCCUCCUUCUCAAGCAGAACAAGACCCUCCUUCUCAUGCAGAACAAGACCCUCCUUCUCCUGUAGAACAAGUCCCUCCUUCUCAUGCAGAACAAGACCCUCCUUCUCCUGCGGAACAAGACCCUCCUUCUCAUGCAGAACAAGACCCUCCUUCUCAUGCAGAACAAGGCCCUCCUUCUCCUGUAGAACAAGUCCCUCCUUCUCAUGCAGAACAAGACCCUCCUUCUCCUGCGGAACAAGAUCCUCCUUCUCCUGCGGAACAAGACCCUCCUUCUCCUGUAGAACAAGUCCCUCCUUCUCCAGUUUCACCAAGUUCUGAUUGUGCAAAUGGAGGAGAGACAGUUCGGGUGACCAACGAAACACUUUCAUGCACUCAAAACGAUGCCAAUGAUAAGCUCAACGAUAAUGCUCAAAAUUUUAGGAUUUUUGAAGCUACUGCUGCCAUUGCCAAGUUACAUGAGAUGCCU